AACAACAACAACAACAACAACGUUUGGAACAACAUUGUGAAUGAUUCCGGAUAACGAAUAAAAAAUAAUGAUUGAUAAUAAAAACGGUGCUCAACAACACCGAGAACAGCAACCACAACAGUUGCAGCAGCCACGUCGUCGGCUGCGUUCUCGACAAAAACGUGCCCGUUAUAAUGAAGAAUUAUUGGAUGAUGAAGAAGAUUUUUUUAUUGAAGAACGUUAUUUUAAUGUUGAAGAAAAAUUACAAUGUAAAAGUUUUGCAAAUUGUCAACGUAAUUGUUUAAAAGAAAUUGAUGGUAAUGAUUUAACAUUUGAAUAUUUUCAACGAAAUGGUUUUCAAACACCAAUGUUGGUUAAAGAAAAUAAAAAUAAUGUUUUAGGAAUGAAAAUACCAUCGGAUACAUUUACAGUUGAUGAUGUUAAAUCAUGUGUUGGACAACGUAGAAUACUUGAUGUAAUGGAUGUUGAAACACAAAAAGCCAAAACAAUGACAAUGAAAGAAUGGUGUAAUUAUUAUAAUAAUACUGAACGUAUUGAAUUAUUGAAUGUAAUUUCAUUGGAAUUUUCACAUACAAAAUUGGAAAAUUAUGUUGAUUCACCACGUAUUGUAAAACAAAUGGAUUGGGUUGAUUUAGUAUGGCCAAGAUAUUUGAAAAAACAACAAAAAGAAGGAACAAAUGCUUUGCAUGAAAUGAAAUAUCCAAAAGUACAAAAAUAUUGUUUAAUGAGUGUAAAAGGUUGUUAUACGGAUUUUCAUAUUGAUUUUGGUGGUACAUCAGUUUGGUAUCAUAUAUUACGUGGACGAAAAAUUUUUUGGUUAAUACCACCAACUGAAACAAAUUUACGUUCAUAUGAAAAAUGGACAUUAUCGGGUGAACAAUCGAAAAUAUUUUUUGGUGAUCUGGUUGAACAUUGUUGUCGUAUUGAAUUAGAAUCGGGUAAUACAUUUUUUAUACCAACCGGUUGGAUACAUGCAGUUUAUACAAUGGAAGAUUCAUUAGUAUUUGGUGGAAAUUUUUUACAUUCAUUUGGUAUUGAAAAACAAUUACGUGUUUCGCAGGUUGAAGAUGUAACACGUGUUGAAUCGAAAUAUCGUUAUCCAUUUUUUAUACAUUUAAUGUGGUAUGUUUUGGUACGUUAUGUACAUUGUUUAAUGGGUCGUAAUCAUUUAACGAUUGAUGAUGAUGGUAAUCCGUUGUCAUCGACAUCAUCAUCACAAUCGAAGCAACCGCAACAACCUCAAUCAUCAUCAACAUCGAAUGAUGACCCAUUCAUAACAUUUGUACCGAAUGAAAAAAUUCAUCUAACAACAUAUGAAAUUAAUGGAUUGAAAAAAUUAAUACAAUGGCUGUCGCAACGUUUAACCAAAUUACAACGUGAAAUACGACAAGGAAAAUCAAAUGAACAAUUAUUACGAAAUUUAAUACCAGAUUUAAUAAUAUCGGCUGAAAAUCUAUUAGAUGAUGCAAAAAAAAUGAUUUUGGAACAUGAAAAUGAUAAUAAUGAACAAGCGAUUACAAAUCGUCCGGUUUUAUUUUGGUUAACAAAAAAAAUGAUUAAUCAAUUGAAUAAACCAAUGAAAAUGGCAAUGAUAAAAAAAUGUUUACCAUCAUCAUCAUCAUCGACAACAACUUCUUCGUCUUCGACAACGAUACAACAACAUCAAAAGAUUCCAAUCAAACGAUCAUUAUCACCAAAUAAUCAAAAGAAUCAAGAAUCUUCACAAUCGCAACAACAACAACGACAAGUUAGCCUUGGUACAACUUUGAAUUAUGAUCUCAUUUCAAAUAGUUCAUUAUUGAAAGGUUUAAUUGAACAAACGGGUGUUAAAACAUCAUCAUCUCCUCAUUCAUCAACAAUGAUAAAUUCAUCAUUAGAAUCGGAAGAAAAUAAGAAAUUUAAACCGCAACAGCAACAACAAGAUACUGCCGCUCAUUAUUAUAAUUAUUCAUCGCAACCGCAACAGCCACCAGCAACAUCAUCUUAUGGUGUUUAUAAUAAUCAUUCGUCUUCCGUUUUGAAAACAACAUCGAUGACAAAUGCAACGAAUACGAUGACAGUAAAUUCAACAAAUGUUCGUGGUGGUAACAGUGGUGGUAAUGGUGGUAUAAUAACCGAACAUAAUUAUAAUCUACAUCCAUCGGCUUAUUAUAAUCCAUAUCAACCACAUAAUUAUGCUUAUCAUCCAUAUAGUCAUCAUCAAAUUCAAUAUAAUCAACCAUCAUCGCAACAACAAUCAUCAUCAUUUCAAACACAAUCACAAAAUAAUGUACAACAUUAUCAAACUUAUAUCUAUCAUCAGCCACAACAACAACAACAAUUGUCAACAACAAAUAUUCCAAAUUCUGUACAACAACAACAACAACAACAAAUAAUUUUACAACAGAAUCCAGCUGCAACUGUUGCCGCACCGACAACAACAACAACAACAAAUAUGAAUGGAAAUUAUUCAAAUCAUCAGUAUUAUAAUAAUCAUCCAUCAUCAUCAACAUCAUCAUUACCUAUAAAUGUAAAUUAUUCAUAUGUAUCUCAACAGCAAACGCCAACAAUUCUACCAUCAUUACAGCAGCAGCAGCAUCAACAGCCUCAACAACAACAACAACAAUCACCAAAAGUUAUUUAUUUACAUCAUCCACAACAACAACAACAGCAACAAAAACAUCCAACAAUAAUCUAUCCACAAAUGAAUUAUUCAUCAUCA